ACCAACCCACACAGAGACCAAACGGGCCAAGGAGAGAGGAGCAGCAGCAGCGCCACCGCUCGCGAGAUCUCCUACUCCUCGUCGCCGACGAGCCGCCUCCUCCUCGUCGUCGCCGGCGGCAGAGCACCGGAGCAGCCACCCCAUGGCGUCCCCGGACCUCCUCUUCAACCUGCGCAACCUCUUCUACCUCGGCGCCUACCAGGCCGCCAUCAACAACAGCGACGUCCCGGGCCUCGACGCCGACGCCGCCGCCGAGCGCGACGCCAUCGUCUUCCGCUCCUACGUCGCGCUCGGCUCCUACCAGUUGGUGAUCAGCGAGAUCGACUCGUCCGCGGCGACGUCGCUGCAGGCCGUGAAGCUGCUCGCGCUGUACCUCUCCGGAGACAAGGAAAGUGCGAUUGUCAGUCUGAAGGAAUGGUUGAGUGAUUCGGCGGUUGGAAGCAAUCCUGUUCUACGAUUGAUUGCUGGAAUUAUAUUUAUGCAUGAGCAAGACUACACUGAAGCUCUCAAGCACACACACUCUGGUGGAACUCUGGACCUGCAUGCAUUGAAUGUCCAGAUCUUCAUUAAGAUGCACCGUUCAGACUAUGCCGAGAAGCAAUUAAAGAUCAUGCAACAGAUUGAUGAGGACCAUACACUGACACAACUUGCAAACGCAUGGCUGGACAUUGCUGUUGGUGGCUCUAAGAUCCGUGAAGCUUACCUCAUAUUCCAAGACUUUGCUGAAAAAUACCCGAUGACAGGAAUGGUUCUAAAUGGCAAGGCAGUUUGCUGUAUGCACAUGGGGAGCUUUGAUGAGGCUGAGACUCUUUUACUCGAAGCAUUGAACAAGGAUGCAAAAGAUCCUGAAACUCUUGCUAAUCUUAUUGUGUGUAAUCUCCACCUUGGCAAACCGUCAUCAAGAUACCUCAGCCAGCUGAAACUAUCACACCCCGAUCAUGUGCUAGUAAAGCGUGCCGUAUCAGCAGAAGAUAACUUCGAGAGAGCUCUCCAAGCCGUCGCUUGAACACGUCCGCGGAAAACGCUUGCCAGAUUGCAGAUAACACAAUUGAUCCCCCAUGUUCCAUUUUGAGUGCCUUAACACAGCGAAAAUUAUGUUGCAUUUGCUCAGUCUGUUUUGCUCAAAUGGUGAUAUACUACCCGGCCAAUCUUGUACUCUGAACCCCUGCUGUAUAAACAAAUAUAAUGUAGAAUCUUGAAUGGUGACGUUUGUGGUCAGCAUCGACAUUUUGUUAUAUUCUGCUGGAUUGUUGUUA